UUCUGUUUAAAUAGGUGGAGCUGCAGGCUGCUAUUUAAAGUCCUCAUACAGUCCUUCAACACAGCCUAAUUCUACGUGGGACCAAGGACACAGGUACAAGAGCUCUUUUCCCAGUUUUGCACCAUGGCAGUAGAAAGAAAAGUGUAUGUUCUCUACACUGGAGGAACAUUUGGAAUGAAAAAAGAUGAUACUGGGAGACUCGCUCCACAGGGUCUGGAUGGGAUCAAAGACUUUCUCAUCGCCCACACCAUCCUUUACGAGAGGAACCCAGGAGAAUCAGAGGAGGAAGUCAGGAAACGCAUCAUCACCCCGGAUGGUCUCAUCACGCUAUAUCACCAGUUGGCUGAUGAUGACCCAAAAGCCAAAGAGAAACAGUACAAAAUCCUGUACAAACUUGAUACCCUACCAAAGCCGAUUGACUCCUCCAGUUUGACCCCUGAUGAUUGGGGAACCAUGGCUGAAAGAAUUCAGCUUAAUAUGGAAAAGUUUGAUGGGUUUGUUAUUAUCCACGGCACUGACACGAUGGCCUUCACCGCUUCUGCUCUGUCCUUUAUUUUGAGGGAUCUCCACAAGCCUGUGAUCGUGACUGGAGCUCAGAUGCCCAUCUUCCAUCCUCGGACUGACGGUCUGGAUAACUUUGUUGGUUCUAUGCUCAUGGCUGGGUACUUUUCUGACAGAAACGUGCUGCAUAAGGUGAUGCUUUAUUGCUUGAACAAACUGUACCAGGGCAACCGAGUGGUGAAGGUUGACUGUGACUCCUUCGGUGUGUUCGACAGCCCUAAAGUUUAUCCUCUUGCUAGUCUGGAAAGCACAAUCAAGCUGAUUACUUCAGUAAUUGAGCAUAAGAAGGUGGAGCCUGUCGUCUCCUGCUCUGUGAAGCGCAUGUUCACACUGAAAGAAACACCAGAAGUGAGGAUCCUGCGAUUUUUCCCUGGGGUGACAGAAAGCUAUGUGAGAGGAGUCCUGGAUGGAGCUGAUGGUGUCGUCCUGGAGACCUUUGGUUCUGGGAAUGUUCCAGAGGUUGAUUGGCUGAAGAAUCUCCUGACUGAAGCAGAUAAAAGAGGUGUUCUGAUGCUGAACUGCUCUCAGGUGUAUCGUGGCACUGUCUUACCCAUCUAUGCUGCAUCAAAGAUUCUGACGGACGCACAUGUUAUUCCUGGAUAUGACAUCACUCCUGAAGCAGCAAUGACCAAACUGAUCUGGGUGCUGAAAUCUGAUCUUGACGAUCUGAGAAGACGGCAGAUACUGGAGCACAGCGUCUGUGGAGAGUCACGUGCCCCCGCGAUGUGGCUGAAAACAGAACCUGGCCUGUGAGGACAGACACCGAACCUAAAUCAACAUCAAGAUGAUUAAUUGACCAGUUUCAGCUUUAAACCAUUCUUACACAACAACAUCAGAUGUCCACUUACCUUAAAAUGUAACCUGUAUGUAUUUAAUUAAAUGUGUUGCACUAUA